CUUGUCAAGUGUCCAUACCUGUCUCUUAUGGUACUUUGGACCUAAGAUUUAGAGUUGACACGAUCAUUACCAUUGACCUAUCGACAUAUCAGCUGGGACGCUUAGCUUACUGCCUCCCCUGCCCCCUUUACUGUUGGUCUGCAAGAUUACAAGGACAUUUUGGAAAUUAACUAUAUCGGAAAGGCGAAAGGGACGAAAGGACAUCAUAACCGUUGUUCUGGAGAAGGGACUCGACUACUUACGUCUAGGAGAGUAGAUUAGACGAACUGUCUGGCCGCCGUUAAGAACCAAGGACAGUUAAAUUGUCUUACAUGACAUAUGCUCUCGUUUCGGUGUCUGUUACUUUGUGGUGUCACGCGAAGGAGACAGUAUACUUCAGAGAAAACCUUCUUUGAUUCAAGAUGCCUUUUUUCGAUCUGAAAACAAAUGUUAAGGAUGUUCCAGCCGAGUUUCAUAAGGAGACCACAGACCUCAUCGCAAAUCUUCUUGGAAAACCAAAUUCUGUAAGUGUCCAAACAUUUGGAUUAAUUUUGGAGCGUGGCAAGCGUAAACCGAAUCAAGUCAUUUCGGAUAUUUCCAAGCCCUUAGAGCUAAAUUAAACUAUUUUAGCGGUACCUUCUAUGGAUUGCAUAGUGAUCGAUUCUAGAAGAUGUACAAAAUUUAGAUCAGGUAUUAUCGUCAGCUAUAAAGUAUCUGAUAAAUGGAGGUUUAAACGGACUGAACGAGGAAAUAAUAUUUGCAAUUUUAAUUUGAAGGUUAACGAUCAAAACGAAAACUUACUAGCAUUUUAUGGAAAUGGUUUCGAGUGCAGAGGAGCUGAAACGAAUUUUAGACAUAAAAUUACUGAAAAACUCGAACAUCUCUGUAGUCUGUAAAGCAUCGUAGAGGUGAAACAACACCAUUCUUGGGCAUUUUGUCUCUGAUGGGUGGUAUGGAGAGGGGAAAAGGUCACGUGUUCCUCAACAAGCAUCCUUCUACAUGUACAUCCAAAACUACUAAGUUUUACCUUAUAGAAAGAAAAAGAAAGAUAGAUCAAAAGCCAAGAAAAACAAGAGAUGUUGUAAUUAAAGACAUAAAGAUUCAAUGAAGUUGAUGAUGCCCAAUAAUGAUUUAGGAUGAGCAGUGAAUAAUGAAUGUAAUUGUACAUGAAAAUACUAUGUGAUUCUGAUUGGCUGAAAACGAGUCCAUUCUCCUGUAUCACGGGUGUAAAGUUGGAACAGGAGUACAUUUUACAAGAAGCAUGCGCAUGCUUUCAAAAUCUUGUCUGUCUGACUUUCUGCAAUGUUAUUUUAUGUGCAUUAUUAACAAGUAUUACUGUGAUUUCUGUUGCAAUUUGGUAUAAUAUGCACUAGUCAAUUUUUCUAAGACAAUAAAUUACACUUGCUGUACAAGCUCGUGUAAUUUUGUAGUCUUUAAAAAACUUACUCUAGCUUAAUUUAACAAGUUGCACUCAUAAUCAUGUUAUGACCCAUACUAAUUUAUGAUGAAUGGUGGCAAGCAGACAUUAGAGGAGGGGGUGGAGGGGGGGUGGGGGGUAGUGCAGAUCCUUGGACUUUCCCCCAGGAUCAUCCACUGCAAAGAGGAAAGGAAAUAAAGUUUACUCCUUUUUUCACUCUCCUUACUGGGAGAAUAUUUGGCCACACGUAGGUGAUGUAUAAGAUGGGCAUAUAGACUUGUGUCUGAACAUCACCAUGACUUUUUGUGGUUACAGGGUUUCUAGUAGCCAUAAUGCUAUCAUCUUGUAAGUAAGAGACUUUUAGUGAUUUUUCAGCAGCUGGAAGUGAAAUUGUUGAGUUUCACUUUUAGCAUCUUUUCUGCAAUUUAAUUGUUAAAGGUUCAUUUUUGAUGAUCCAUCAUGGAUAGUCCUUAAGCAAAUGUGGAAUUUUGGGAAAGAAUAAAUAAAUUCUUUGUGAAAUGUGGCAUCUACAAUCCUCUGCAAGAAUCUAAGAAUGCACGGUGGCUACUUUGAAAACUAACAAAUAAAGCUCUGAGAUGAGGUUGGCUGAAUGUGGCAAAAAUGUUUGAGACUGUGAACAUUCGACCUGAUUCAAUAUGAUGGAGUUAGAAAAUGGUCCAUUAAUGCGAACAUGGGCAAAUUCUCCCCUAGAUGACCUGCUGCUGAAUAAUAAAACUGGCAUGUAUAUGUGUAUCCAAUGUGUUCCUAAUAAACUUUUGCCCAGAACAAUCAGAAAUACAUGCACCUGGCUACCUGUGAUUUCUCAUACUCUUUGCAUCAGUCUCCAGGAGUUAAGAGAUUCAUUUAUAUAUGUAACUUAUAAUUUACUAACCUGCACUUGACAUUUACUAUACAGGUGGUUGGAGUGAAUGUUGAUGCUGGUGCAAGAUAUACAUUUGGGGGGACUGAAGAUCCAGCUGGAGUUGUUAAUAUCUAUUCUGCAGGAAGUCUAGCAGCUGAUAAAAACAAUUCCUCUGCUAAAGUAAUUUCUGAGCACCUUCAGAAACAUUUCAACAUCCCAAGUGGCAGGUAGGUUGUAACAGUACAGAAAAAGCAGAAGGGCAGAAAUUUGUCAUCAAAUACAUCUAUACCAUCAUGAUGUAACAUUACUUAGCUUUCAAAAGAUGUAGCAUGUGCAAAACCAUUUUUUUCUUUUUCUUUUUUUUUGGGACAUAAGGAGAUGCAAAUGGAAACUUAAACAAUUGCUGUCAAGUUUUCCUUCCAGACCUCGCAAAUUUUCGAACUUCAACAUUGUUGUUUUGCACAGGAUGGUUAAGAAAUUAUCACUCGAGGGAUAUCCUUGGGUAUCCCCCAGUAUUAAAUGGGAAUAUUCAGUCAUGUGAUCCAUUUAGACCAAUCACACACAAGCAAAAUUUAUGGAUCAAAUGUAUUGUUAGCAUAGGGGCAUGCCUCAACUUUGGCAUAAGUCACUCUUCACCCAGUGGAAAGCAUAAAGUAUUGAGUAAAGCAAGCUGGCAGGAGUUCUGUAAGGAGUCUUGUAGUGAUGUUUAAUGCAAGACUCAGGAAAACCUCUCCCUGACUGGUAAAAUCAAUCCCUUGGGCAGAAAAAUGUGCACCCUGUAGCACAAAUAAUUAGGCCUGCUCAGUGGCCAAUGCAUUAUGGCCACAACAUUCUUCAACCCUUCAUGAUACUUUGUGUAAUGAUGUUUUGUGAUCUCUGACAGAAGUCCAUCAAUUUUGAACAAUAUUUUUUUUUCUUUGCAGGCUUCUCAUCUUUUUUCAUGAUAUGCCAAGAACCCACGUAGGUUUUAAUGGAAAAACCUUGGCAAGCUAAAAUCAUCCGUCUCUCAUAAA